AUCAACCUGGGCAGUGCUUGCAGGGGGAAUACUUAAUGCACAACACACCAUGAAAACAGCUUCCAGUUGCCAACUCCAGCACUUGUAAGUCGGAACUCAAAAGCCCACAAACCUCAAUGCAUCGAUUCAGUUCAGUCGUAGUUACCUUGCAGAAUCUGCCACCACACAUAGCCAUGAAGCUCUCAAUAUCCAAUUUUGAAGCAUUUAGAACUAGCAAGGAGAAAGUGAAGCAUUUCCAUGAGUUUUUGUCCAGAAGGCUAGGUUUUCUCUCCAAGUGUACAUCAAAAUUGUUCAGACGCUCUUACCAGUUUCUGGUCUUCAAAAGCAAUCCUUUGAUAGUCCAGCUUAUUUACUUCAUGUCGAUAUCCUUUGCUGGUUUUCUUGCCCUGAAGAAUCUCAAGUCCCUGAAUAAGCCAACUCGAAGGAACUUGGAUCUGAUGUUCACCUCCGUGUCCACAGUGACAGUGUCAAGCAUGGCAACAGUUGAGAUGGAGGACUUCUCCGACCAGCAGCUCUGGGUUUUGAUCAUAUUGAUGAUAUUAGGAGGAGAAGUGUUCACUUCAAUACUAGGGCUGCACUUCAAAAAUGCUAGGGCCAAUACUGAUGAUGCCCUCCAGAGAAGAUUGGCUUUCAUAAGCAGGGACAUUGAAUCCUCCGAUGUUUUUAAUAACAAUCAGAAUAAUAUCGAAGGCAUCCAGUCAGAGGCAACCAUGCCACACAGUCAGGUAGAGGGAAUGAAUCAGAACUCCCGCAAUAUUUUAGCUCAUGUAGUGACAGGCUACUUCAUAGCAGCAAUUUUGUGCGGCUUUGUAGUCAUUGUCAUCUACCUGUGGAUUGACUCUGAUGCAAGACAUCUACUGAAGAAUAAAGAUAUCAAGAUAUGGACCUUCUCGGUCUUCACAGCAAUAUCUUCGUUUGCAAACUGCGGCUUCACUCCGGUAAAUCAUAACAUGGCGAUUUUCAGAAAUAAACCCACUUUUCUGCUUCUAGUUACCCCACAGAUUCUAGUAGGCAACACUUUGUUUGCACCACUGUUGAGGUUAAGCAUAUGGGCCUUGGGAAAGGUCAGCAAAAGAGAAGAAUAUGCUUACAUCCUUCGGCACCCAAAGGAGAUUGGAUACAGGCAUUUGCGAACACAUAAGAAUUCUGUCUACUUGGUUCUGACUGGAGUUUUGCUAAUUCUGCUGCAAGCAGUGUGUCUUUGUUAUUUUGAGUCGGAUUCAAAGGCCUUCAAGGGAAUGAAAUGGUUCCAGAAAUUGGUAGCCUCGGUGUUCCAGGGUGCUAGUUCAAGACAUGCCGGUGAAACUGUCAUUGACAUCUCAGGCCUUUCGCCGCCAAUUUUGGUGAUAUUUGCAGCUGUCAUGUACCUUCCUUCUGGUACUUCAUUCCUCGCUACCAGUGGUGAAAGUCAAACCUUGACAGAUAAAGAGGAAAAUCCAAAUAACCAAGCAACAUGGGAGAAGUUUGUCAUUACCAAGCCUGCUUGUUUAGCAAUAUUCACAAUUUUGGCAUGUAUAACUGAAAGGAAGUCAAUGUCCGCCGAUCCACUCAAUUUCAGCAUGUUCAGCGUAAUAUUUGAAGUGAUCAGCGCCUACGGCAAUGUUGGCUACUCCCUCGGGUACAGCUGCAACAAGUUAUUGAAGCCUGACGCCACAUGCAGAGAUGCUUCGUAUGGUUUUGUCGGCAGGUGGUCUGAUGAAGGAAGGCUCAUCAUCAUCUUGGUGAUGUUCCUGGGAAGGUUCAAAACGUUCAGACUCAAAAGGAAGAAACCACUGAAUGUGCAUCCACGUAGAACACAACAUCAGAGGCCAGAAGUGGUUGGAUAGUAGUAUGAUGUUAGAAUCUUUUUUUAUGAACAUAAGACAACUCUGAGUUUGUAAAUCUGUUCACUGCCAGCGCUUUGCGCGUGAGAGGGACACACCCAUCUCUAAAAUGGAGACCUCGAAAGUUGUGCUC